AAUCUACAUAUGUAUUUCAUUUAUUCUAUAAAAAAAUGGUCACCGAUCUUUUUUUCAGUUGACUUUCUGCCAUGUACGGUAUCAAAUGUCUCUCAGCCACCGUAGUGUCGUGUCAGGUGGGCGUGUCGUGUCCAGCUGUUGGCCGCCUAUGAUUGGUUUAUCAGUCUGUGAUGAAGUCAUAACGGAAGCUCUGAUUGGUUAAGAGCUUCAAACACGGUAGUGGAAACUCGACACAACACGGGCUUGCGGUAUAGUACUUUAAUUCACUGCAUUCAUCGUAGUACAGUUUCUGUCAUGGAGCCCCCUCUGUUUCCCCGUGAGUCUGGACAGUUCAUAGCAGAGCGGAGUCGGGAUGUGUUCGUGGAGGAGGAAGGAGUGCAGAAGGUGGCCGAGAUGCUCUUCAACCUGCGCCACACUGACGAUCUGACUGCCAGUGGUUGGAAGAAGGCCAAUCCAUUGGCUCCAGUACCCACCUCUGACCAGGCCUUGAACUGGGUGUUUGUGAUAGACACCAUGAACUUCUCCUUUUGGCCCGAGGAAGAAACUCAACAGUGUGAGGUAACCUAUAAAGGGACCACGUACACAGGCUACAUGACCCUUUGUGCUGCCAUCGCCAGGGCUAUGGAGGAAGGUAUACCCAUCACUGAUCCAAAGUACUUUUCUCAGAUGAGUAUGGAGGAGUUGGGACAGGUCCUUCGAUCAGACAAUGAAACACCCAUGCCCAUGCUUCAGGAACGCCACCAGGUGCUGACUGAAGGCGGCCGCGUGCUGCUGGAACACGGCGGAAGCUUCCGGAGUUUUAUCAGCCGAGCCGGGAACGACGCCCGGAAGAUGGUGGAACUCAUCGUGGAGAAGAUCCAUUCCUACAGAGACGAAGCUACUUUUGAGGGGAAGAGAAUCUCUUUGUACAAGCGAGCCCAGAUCCUGGUGGCAGAUUUCUGGGGCGUCAUGGAGGCCAGAGGAGAGGGGGACAUCAUCAACAUGGACUGGCUCACCAUGUUUGCAGACUACAGGGUCCCUCAGGCUCUCGUCUUCCUUGGAGCACUACGAUACACUGACACACUGAUGCAGGCGCUGAACAAGGGAGAACUGCUGAGUUCAGGGGACAGAAGAGAGGUUGAAAUCCGAGGUUGUUCAAUUUGGUCUGUGGAGCUGAUCAAAGAGCGUCUGUGUAAGCUGGUGAAAGAGAGAGACGGACAGACCUGCAACGUAAACUCGGCAGUCAUUGACUUUUACCUGUGGCCUUAUGCCAAGAAGCACCACAAAGAGAUGGCUUACAUUCCCAUACACCACACACGCUGUAUUUACUACUGACGAGCUGGUUGGCAGCAUUACAUACAGAAGGCUGCGCUCUGUGUGCAGCCUUGGCAUCGUUACCUUUCCCUGGGAGAAAGCCAAUCCUGUCUCUGUGCCAGAUAUAUGUACAAAUGGGCUUCUCUCCAGCUGUAAUGGAAACCGGUGUCAAGCUUUAAUGUAGCUCAUUGGUGUGUGUGGGUAGUGGCAGUUGUCCAUUCACAGUCAAUUAAAAAUGUUUACUGUUGUUGAUGUCUGAAAAACUGCUCGGUUAUUACAGUAAGUGAUAAUAUACUGUAUGUGAACAUACAAUUAUGGACACAUUGUCCAAUCUACAGCAGCUUGGAUUUUUGACACUGGGAAAACAUUGAAAAUAAAACGUUUUAAUUAGA